AUGAACAGUCGCGUGAACGCACUCACCGGACUCGUUGGAGUGGCCUACCGACUGGAAGCGCGUGACGACUCAGCUACAAUGAAUUAUUCCGAAGAUCAGCGCACCUUUUUCGAGGACCUGCAGCAGCUCUCUACAGCAAUCGACGCUUCGACAGACGGUCAGGCAUCCAUCGUCGAGAGCGAUGCAACGACGGUCAAGGUCUCCCUGCGACCCAAGUCCGGCUACUACGCACACGCCGAGUUUCUUUUGACAACAAAGCAUACUUACUUCCAGAUCUCGUGCUGUCCCGAAUACCCCGGGAAUAGCCCUGAAGUGUUCUUCGACUCGCCAAUAUUCCAUCCUAACAUCGACCCCUCAACUUGUUCAAUGCAUCUGAGCCUCCUCAGCGAUUGGCAAAGUUGCUACAGUCUGAGCGAUUUGGUGAAGGCGAUACUCCAUCUUAUUGAGCAUCCCACCUUUGAUUCACCGAACAACCCCCUCGUAACACUUCAUGACCCUGCCCAGCUGGCCACGAAGACGGCACGAGCACUUGCUGGUCUUCCUGUUGAUGGACAUCGCUUCCCACCCAACGUGGCGUGGUGCGAGUGGGCUCGUGCUAACGGCUGUCUUCCCACACCAGAACAGGAGGAGGAAGAGGAGGAUGAAUGGGUGGGAAAAAUGGCCGAUUAUGAUCAGAAAAGUGGCUCAGAAACCGAUAAUUUCACCGAUAGUGCGGCCUCAGAAGAAGAGGAGUGCGUCAUUGAAUUAGUUGACGCAUCCACCAAUACGAUGUCUGAAACCGUUCCAUCCAUUGCGAUCAUGCGUUACUCGAUCGACUCUGAAGAUGAGAGCAUUUGCCAGAGUCAUUGUCAUAACUACCAGUACCCCCAUGGGCUUGAACGCCACCGUGUCCUUGUUUGGCAUCCCAGCAAUGCCGUGAAACUAGACACCCACACCGUAUUCUACUUUAUUGAAAAGUUGGGAGAUGAACAUCAUCCAGUUGAAUUGGGUGAGCAUUACAAAACCCUCUUCACCGGCAGUGCUCUACGCGAAUUGCAGACUCAUCCCGAAUCAAGACAAACAUCAAGCGCAUGUCCGUGGUUUGCAUCUCACUGGUACUCUGGGUGCUUGCACCAACCCUACGCUAGCUACAGUUCUUCGCUGAAUCUUGUCAAGUUGUUUGUACUUGACAAGCCUGUCCCUCCGGCAAUUACCGCGGACACCAGUGAUAAGAACCUCCUGCUUGUUGAGAACAAUCCACACGGUGAGAACUUCACAUGUUUCUCAAAUGACGAUGGUGGAAGUGAGGGCAUUGGACGCCUCUUUGACUCCUGUCUUUUGGAAUACCCUGACAAUCAGAUUAGAAAACGGGCUUCGUCUGUUUCACCUCAAACGCACGAGGAGGUUUACAUGGCCCACCCUCUAAUGACAAAGUGCUUGAGUUGCCAACGUAACGCAGGCCUAGCUCCCCAAUGGAAAUGGAUCUUUCGGCAAACUCGAUGGCCCAUUCGAUUUGCACCACAGCAGAAUGUGAACCUCUCAAUGACAGGCAUCCACAUUCCACCGUGGCGAGCCAGCUCGGGCCGACUGAUCUCGGACAUCUGUCACUAUUGCGCAAAGAAUGGAGCAAUGAAAAAUCUCGUUCUCCUUGACCCGAUGGCGCUGUCACCGCUCUCGCCUCUGCUCAAUCUGAUGCGGCACCACAGGUGGCCAAAACCGCAUCUCAUUGGCAUUCUCUGGAUGACACCGUUCGACGCCCUCUCGCCCUUCUACCGCGUGCCUAUUCCCACCAGGGAGCAGCAGAAGGAGAACGAGGGCGAUGAGGACGGAAGAGGAGGUGAUCCUUACCCUAAACCAGUCUGUCUGCGUUUCCUUGCAAUUGCCGCCUUCCUCACGAAUUGGGUGUCAUGGCUAUCACGCAUGGAGAACUACGCGGCCCUCGGUAUGUCACGAUUUCAUUCGGAGUUCAUCAGUGCUCCCGUGGCCGCGUACUUGCUGCAGCCUCUCAGUCUGGGCUGCGGACAGGAUCCUCUCCUUGAUCUCUGGCCUAUGUGGCUAUUCCGCCGCCUUCUUAUCCUCUCUCUCAGACUUGCUCAACUGCGAUUACCCUUCCACCAUAGCAGCCACCACCAUCUGCAAUAUUUGUUUCCCUUCUCUGACCUCGACGAGAUCUGA